AAACCCGAGAGUGUCUUUUUUCCUAGCAAAUCUCCAAGCAACUACUCGACUCGACGACUCAAUUGUACUCAAUUGCUAUGGCGUUCGAAGGGUUAAUCGUUUUUAUCUGGCCCAAAGGGUUCUAUCGCAAUAGUGUGGGGUGUGUGUAGCGGAUUAAAAACCUCUUGGUUGGUGGUCGUUUUUUUUAGCAGAAGGUGCUACCAUGCAGUAAACCACUCAUAGUAGGCUGGAACGUGUUGGGGCUGUAAAGGCAGCCAUAUCAACCAGCAACCGUUCGAUCGUUGUUCUAGGUGGCAAUGGGUUUGGGUGUGUCUGAGGCCGCCUGCUAAUAAAUGAGUGCGAGAUAUAAAGCCAUCGAGAGUGAAGUGUUGUGUCUGACAGGCCUCGUAGAAUAGUGUGAAGGAGUUCCAUUGGCACGAUAUUUUUUUGUGACCGACUCGGAGCUGCGACGAAUCAAGGAUGCGUUCAAACGGUCCGCUGGCACCGCCGGAUCCGUGCUCAGCAAAUGUGCCUUCACGCAGGAUGUGCUCGGCGACGGCGUUCCCUCGGUGGUUGCCGAUUGGCUGUACACGGCUUGCGGCGGUACGGCCAAAGGUAUCGCCUUCAAGGAGCUGCUGUGUGGCCUCGUGCUCCUCACGAAAGGAACGCAGGAUGAGAAAAUUAAAUUUCUCUGGACACUGUACUGCAACGAGUCGGGCACGCAUAUACUGAAACAGGAAUUCCAAAAAGCCAUGCAAAUAGAAACGACCUACCAAAGCAAUGCCACCAACAGCCCCAACAACAGCACCACCAACUGUAGCAAUAAUAACAAUAACAAUCAAACGGUCGCGAACAGAAACAAUCACCAGCAGCAGCUGCAAUGGAGCCGAUAUCAGGUGUCACUGUUCGGCCAGAACGAUCGCGUCUCGUUCGAGCAGUUCAAAUCGUGGAUACAGAUGCACCGCGGCGCAACGGCCCUGUCCAAAUGGUUGCUGCAGGAUGCGUGCGUCAAUCUCAGCUCGGAGCUGGAAACGCCCACCUUUUACCAGAGCUUGGCCGGCGUGACGCACCUGGAGGAGCAGGACAUUGGCGACCUGGAGAAGGUGUUUUGGCUGCUGAAGGGAGCCGCUGUCACUGGGCAGCUGGAUCUGGAAUCGCUGGGCCCGCUGGUCAGCCCUCCCGUCCCGAGAGCCGCCCUCGGGGGUGUAUUUCUGGCGUUUGACGAGAACCACGACGGGCACAUCGAUUUCAAGGAGCUGUGCUGUGGCGUGAGUGCUGCCUGCCGCGGGCCCAGUGUGGAGCGUAGCAAGUUUUGCUUUAAAGUAUUCGACAUCGAUCGGGACGGUGUGUUGAGCUUUGUGGAAAUCCGGCAGAUGGUGGACAUACUGCUAUCGGUGGCACGGGAGUCGAACGCUGCCAUUUACCGGAAUCUGACCCACGAACGGGUGCUCGCCGAGCUGUACCGGCGGGCAACGCGGGCAGAUGAAGGUAAAGCCAAUGGCAACGAAACCGAUAUCAUCAGCGCAUCAAACGUUCCCGAGUUUAAGUUCACCCAGGAAGACUUUCUGAUAUGGAGCAUCGAGAGCAGCUCGAAUCUGGUUCAACCGUUUCUAGAUCUGCUGUUCGAAGUGUGCCACAUCGUAUUGGGAUUGCGUCCCCAGUGCCGCCAUCUGGAAGGCGACAUAGUUCGGGGAUGGUUGUCGCGGGAGGUUCGUCGGGGCUACAAGGUGGGACAGUUUUGGUAUUUAAUAUCGUCCGACUGGUGGCAGCACUGGUCGCAGUACACGCACCUGUCGUCGCCCAGCUCGUCCUGUGUGCACUGCAAGACAACGGGCACAAGCUAUGCGAACAAUCGCGCCAUUGCCGGCGCUGGCGGAGUGCCUUCGCUGAUGCCAAACGGCGGAACGAGCAACGGAGGAGCGGUGGAUGAGGCAAUGAUCUGUGAUGAAAGCUUUACGUCCAAUUCGACCGAGAGUAUGGGCGAUUUGCUGGGGACGGGAGAUUCAUCUAGUCUGGGCUCGGGAAGCAGCGGAAUUUCGUACGGUCGGCAUGCAGGCAGCGCGCCCGGAACGAUCGACAACAGUUGUCUGAUAGCACCGAACAUUUACAAGCAGAUUCCAACGCUGACCGGCGAAGGGGGUCGCUUAAAGCGUGAUCUUACGCUGGUGCAGCACCGAGACUUUGAGCUAGUGCCGGACUCGCUCUGGAAAGCGCUAGCUCAAUGGUAUGGCGGGCCGCUGCCCUUGCCAAGACAGGUCAUUCAGCCCCACAGCAAUGCGGGAGACGUCGAGCUGGAGCUCUAUCCGUUGAAUUUGAGAAUACUGCGCCACCAGAGCCAACCGCCACCGCACCAGCAACAGCACGGCCAAAUGGGAGGUAACAGCGCGUGGGCCAGCAUGUCCGGUGGGUACGGUGCACUAACGACCGGAAGCUAUCCGACCACGGUUUCCUCGGUACCGACGGUUUUGCAUCCGCCGAAGAAGUAUCUCGCUUACACGGCUGCGUUCAGCCGGCUGGCUACCGUGAAGCAAGUGGCCGAGUUCCUAUGCCAAAGAUUGAAGCUAAAACCGGAGGACAUUCGGCUCUGGCACCUGGUACCGACGCCGACGGGUAUCAGCGAGUUCCCGUACCUACUGGAGGAAGAUCACUUGACGCUGCACGAAUUGUCGAUCGGCGACAACGAUCAAGUGCUGCUGGAGAUCCGUAACAAGGACCUGACCUGGCCGGAAGAGCUCGGAUCGUUGGCUCUUUCGCAGGGCUCGGGCAGCACUAGUAUGGAUCGGCGCGGGACUGUUGCCUCGAUCCAGUCGCAGCAUCCGCCGGGCGCAACGGGACUGCACAACCUGGGCAAUACAUGCUUCAUGAAUGCGGCGCUGCAGGUCCUGUUCAAUACGCAGCCCCUUACGCAGUACUUCAUACAGAAGAAGCACCUGUACGAGCUGAACACGUCGAACAAGAUGGGCACGAAAGGGCAGCUGGUGCUGCGGUACGCUGAACUAUUGCGCGACGUUUGGACGGCCUCCACCCGCUCGAUCGCUCCGCUGAAGUUGCGCUUUUGCGUCACGAAGCAUGCGCCUCAGUUUUCCGGCGGAGGGCAGCACGAUUCGCAGGAGCUGCUUGAUUGGCUGCUAGACUCGCUGCACGAGGACUUGAACCGGGUAAUGGAGAAACCGUACACGGAGCUGAAAGACUCGGACGGCCGGUCGGACGUGAUCGUGGCAACGGAAGCCUGGAGUCAGCAUCAUGCUCGCAACCAGAGCAUCAUCGUCGAUUUGUUUUACGGGCAGUUAAAGUCGAAGGUAACAUGCCAGGGCUGUGGACGUGAUUCGGUGCGUUUCGAUCCGUUCAGCUUGCUGAGCCUACCGCUGCCGGUGGAAAACUACACCUACUGUGAGGUUCUCGUGAUGCUGCUGGAUGGUUCCGUACCGGUCAAGUAUGGUCUGCGAUUGAACUCGGAAAUGAAAUACUGGGAUCUGAAGAAACAUCUGAGCGAGCUGUGCGGGCUCGAACCGGAUCAGAUGCUGAUCUGUGAGUUGUCCAACUCCCAAAUACGGCUUGUACUACCAAACGAGCAUCGCAUUAAGCCGAGUACCGCGUGUGAGCUGUAUGCGUACGAGCUGCCAAAGGUCGACAGUGUGCUCCGAUCCCGCGCCGGUUCCGAGCUUGGCAUAAAUAUAGAGAAAGGGCUGAAGGACAUACAGCGGAAUCAAGCUCUUCUACUACCAUCAUUAGACCCGCACCAGCUCACGACCAGCUCGAUCAACACGACGAUCUCGUCCACAUCGUCGUCCGCGUCCUCCUCCUCCUCGACGGCCACGGCAGACGAUACGGCGGCCAUAACUGGGCGCAAGCCGGGCGGCUCCUCCACAGGUCGUACCGGUGAUGAUGGUGGAGCCACACUGCUAACGAACGGCAUUCUCUACAAUGGUGGUGAAGGCGGGGGAGGAGGAGCAGGAGGUGGAGGAGGAGGAGGUGCCGGUGGCGGCAGCGGAACGACGAUGGCUAACCGUAGGACCUCGGCCACGUCGAAGGUAAGCCGGUGCUUUGGCAACACACUCUGCAUGCCCCCGAAUAUGUUGUGCUUCAAGCACAUUCCGGAAAUAAGCACCAGUCCGGACAGCACGUUCAUUUACGGGGCCGGUCAGUACAGCGAACUCACCGGGUACGGUACCAAUGGGUAUGGGAACGCGAACAGCGCUAUCGGGAAUCAUCAGCACGCGUCCGCCACCCAGCAGCCAUCGAAAGAUCCGAACCGAUCGAAGACGAUAUCGACCACCAAUUUGUUGAACAAUGCCGAUAACGGUUGGAGCAACGGGAGCGGUGCAGGGGGGUAUGAUUCCCCGAACGCGCACCACCUACACCAUCCGUACGAUUGUAACGAUUGCGAUAACGUUUACAUGGGAGAGGACAUGCCCCCUUACGGUGACCAACAACAGCAUGGCGAUGCGAUAAGUCUAAGUGCAAUUAGUAAGCGACCGCACCCGCUCGGCGGUGGUACGGCAGGCGGACUGGCCGGACAGCGCAAGACCAACUAUCUGAUCGCGGUGCACCGCAAGCUCAGCCGGCAGGAUACGUACUUCCUGUCGCAUCACAAAUCCAAACCCGGCCUGUUCGGCGUGCCGCUGCUGAUUCCUUGCUAUGACGGUGUCACCAACAAAGAGCUGUACUGCUCGGUCUGGUUGCAGGUGGCCCGUUUACUCAGCCCACUGCCUCCAACGCCGCCCGACCAAUCGAACCACGCAACGGACUGUGAUGAUAGUCUAGGGUACGAUUUUCCGUUCACGUUGCGAGCGGUCGGAAGCGGUGGCCGUAUGUGUGCCCUCUGCCCGUGGUCACGUUUUUGCCGUGGUUGUGAGAUUCCGUGUAAUGAUGAACCGCUGCUGCAAGGGUUGAUUUGUUCGGCGCCCGGGUCAGCAAGCAAUAGCUCCACACCAAAUCUAUCCUCCCGUGAACAAACUCCGACGCUUCGACGAAAGUUUUACGCAGCGAACUCGUCCGGCAGCUCGUCUUUGGACGGAACGACCAAUCAGCAUCAGCAGCAACAGCAGCCAGCAUCGAUGGGCUCGUUACCGGGGACGUCUUCCUCGCCGAUCUCGUCAUUGCAGAGCUCGAUCAAUGCUCGAUCCAUCCAAAUUGCCAUAGACUGGGAUCCAACUGCGCUCCAUUUACGUUACCAAAGUACACGCGAACGGUUAUGGACCGUACACGAAUCGGUGGCCGUAUGCCGCAAACAGCAGACGGAACCGGUGGAUCUGGAUCACUGCCUGCGCGCGUUUACCUCAGAGGAGAAGCUGGAACAAUGGUACCACUGUUCGCAUUGCAAGCAAAAGAAGCCGGCCACCAAAAAGCUGCAGAUCUGGAAACUGCCUCCCAUAUUGAUUGUGCACCUGAAGCGCUUCAACUACGUCAACGGCAAGUGGGUAAAGUCGCAAAAGGUAGUCAAUUUCCCGUACGAAGAUUUCGACCCAACGCCAUACCUUGCGUCGGUGCCGCAGGAAACGAUUCUUCGGCAUCGUGACCUGCUCGAAGGCGUAGCGUCCGGUCCGCGUGGCGAUGGACGCAAUCGCGACUGUCACGAAGAGUUUGUUGAGUUUGAUCGCGAAAUGUCCAUGAUCGAUGAGGCGAGUGAUGAGAUUUCGCUGUCCUCGCUGCGGAUCAAUGGCGUCAAGGGGAGCAGCGACGGUGGCGAUAGCGACGAUUGUGGCAAUAACAAUAAUCGGCAAUCGGAUCAGUUGGCGGAUGAGGAACAGAGGAGCAGUAUUAUAAUACCGGCCAUUGCCGGUUCCAAUCAUGUGGCUAGUGCGCGUCACCUGCACGAGAGCGACUUGAUGGCAGGCGGAGGCAGUAGUUCUUACGCCGGCGGUAGCGAUAGUCCGGCAGCCUCGACGUCCACUGUUCGAAUAAAGUCGGCCAGCUCGGUUCGGAGCAGCGAUUCCACGCGACGACAGCGGUUAGUGUCGACGAGUCUGACGAAGACUCCGGUCAUCGACGGAGAGUUUACAGAUUUCCACAAACACCACCUGAAGCCGGAGUGUGAUCCCUUCGAGUUGAAGUAUCAACUGUAUGCCGCAGUGUGUCACUCUGGAAUGCUUAACGGGGGACAUUACAUCUCGUAUGCGGCCAAUCCGAACGGGUCGUGGUACUGCUACAAUGAUAGCUCCUGUCGGGAGAUACCAACGCGGCCAAAGAUCGAUCCUAGCACGGCCUACCUGCUGUUUUACGAGCGGCGCGAUCUCGACUACGGGCCGUACCUACCAAAGGUAGAUGGAAGGCAACUGCCAAGCGAAGGCCUGCUCGACAUCGAUGACAGUGAUAAUGAUUUGAAAAAGAUGUGCUCGUUAAUGUAAGGCCGGACGAUUGUUGCUAGCUGGGGAAGCUGCGAUCACAGUGCAACGCAUCAGUCGGUCGAUCGGAUCUGAUCGGAUUGGAUCGGACGUAAGCAUACAGCAGCAAGAAGGUAGCUAAUCGAAACGAAAGUAAUUUAAAUGUACGCCAUUUCUUUCAUAAUCAGAAAAGCAACUAGUUCCGGAUAUGUAGUCUAGCUUAAAUUGAUCAAAUCAAAGUAUAAUCAAAGCGAGUUUUCACGUCUUAUAUGCAAUCGAACAUGGGAUUGUUUAUUGCAAUCCACAUCUUACAAUGUGCAAUCCACAUUCUUGGAGAGAACGGCAGGUAGAAUCGAUAGGACGGGACGGCGGCACGGUGACAUGUGAAACGGGUUGGGCAAAGGGUUCGGUGUGAUGUGCGAUACGCAGAGAGAAGGAGGGAUGCAUCGUAUUUUAGUUUUUACGCGUUGCUUUUGCAAAAAUUCGCUAGGCUUUACAUUUUUCUACGAAAAAUAUAGCGAGAUAAGCAUACACAGAUAGCGCAGAGCAGCCUGCUUUGAGUUGGCCGAUAUGAUAUGAACGCGUGUUGCAACACUUUGAAUGCGCUGUGAUGUACUAUUUGCAGAGAGUGGAGGCGACAGGGAACAUUCCAUAAGCGUGCAGACUACGGUGAAGGAGUCAGUAGGCUGUGUAGAAUUUGCGCCGCUGGGAAUGUGAGAGAUGCUGUUGUGCGUUUAUUGUGCUUAGAGUGGGUUUGAUUUGCGAGCGACCUAGCGAAGUUAUAUUCAGGAAUUUACUAAUGGAAUAUCGAUAUUGUAAGCAAUAGAUAUUAUUGAGGGACCGGGGUGGGCAUCGAAAUUAGCGGCUGGCCAAUCAGCCAGCCUGCCAGCUAGCCAGCUGGGUCUAGCUUCAUCGUCUGAGAUCUGUUCUCGCUUGUAUGUAGCGCUUCACAGCUACGAAACCAGCACACCACCACCACUUUACGGUAUUUGUGCAAAUUUUGCUAACGUUAUGAUAGGUUUUGUUUUCCCUGUUUUUUUUUUAACAACUGUUGAGUUGAUCGUGCACGUUCAUUGUUGAAAGCCAUUAUGCCAAGAUAUUGUAAUGAGAAAAGAGGAAACACUCACUUACAUACGUGGUCGCACUACUGGCCGGUUCCUUGUUAAACUGUAAUACGAAAGCUGUGUUGCGUGAGCCUAAUUAGUUUUUCUUCUACUUUGUGUAAUAUCUCGUUACGUUUCAUGUGUCAUGCUUUUUUUUUAAUGAUUUUUAUUAAUCUGUAUAUUCGUUAAAAGCGUUGUGCGAUCUCCGCAUGAAUGAAUGGGAUGAUUUGCGCUCAGCAUCCGAGCCUGGAACGUUCGAUUGUGUAGAAGAAGGGGAGCGGCGACCACGCUAUUACUGUUGGUUUAGGUUGAUCCAUCUGUUUACUUGUUAUUUUUUGUACAUGUAUAAGCUUUUAGUUCGGUAGUUGUUUAAAAUAAAGAAGUAAACCCGAA